UUAUGUGAUAGUGAUUGAAAAGAAAAAACAACUUGUAUGUUAGUCUUGAAAAAUAUAGCCUGCUUCUUCUCUUGCUCUCUAUCCCUGUAGAGAUGCCGGAAGCCGCUGAAUCACAGAUCAAGUUCUUAAUACCGUCCUCAGUUACGGUUUUUGACGCCGGUAAUCACGAAAUAUGCGUCGUUCCUGCUCCGACCGACGGCAAGCCGCUUCUCGUGGGUGACAUCCGCAGAACAGUUGCCGCGAAGAAAGGCAUUCCAGCGCAGUAUGUCAGCCUUCUCGAUGGGGAAACGCAGGCACAGUAUACCGAUGAUAAGGAGGAGUAUUUUCUUGUGGACGAAAGCACGAAAGAAGAAGGUGGGGGUGAUCAUGACCAAGCGAAACGCCGUCGAAUCUCCGAGAGCAGAAAAAGAGAACGCUCGGCGCAGCAGCUGCAGGGGCAGGAGCAUCAUGACGACGGCGAACUCAGCGCACCAGUUGGACGACGAGAGGAUGGCGAUCUUGUGCCGUCACGAGGCCCAGCAGGGUCAGCAGGGACGAAUGCUGCAGCCGCACGGCGACUGAGUAAC